CAAAUGCACAUGUUUUGAAGCUUCAAGGAGAACAGCUUAAUUUAUUUUCAGAUCACAGUAUAGUAUUUUUCGAAAAUUUUUAUUAUUUGAAUCAGAGCAUGUCUGAAAUUGAUCAUUCGUUGCGGCCAUCUUCACUAAAUAUCAUCUACAAUUCCAAAUAUUCGAACAUUAUGAAAGCUGGUAUUUCUAAUGUACGGUUCAAAAAUUGGUCUGAAACAUUUGAAUGUGUUCCUGAAUUAUUUUUUGCACCAAAAACUCAAGAAGAAAUUGCUCAGAUAUUAGAGCUUGCUCGAAAUGAAAAUAAAAAAGUGAGGGUAGUUGGUUGUAAGCAUUCUCCAUCUGAUAUUGCAUGCACAAAUGGAUUUAUGGUCAGCUUACAGAAUUUUAAUAAGUUAAUUGAGAUUGAUAAAAGACAAAAGAGAGCAAAGGUUCAAGCUGGAAUGAAAUUAAGUGAUCUGAAUGAUAUUCUGUAUUCACAUAAUCUUGCACUAUCAGUGCUGGGAUCAGUUUCUGAUAUCACUAUUGGUGGUGCUAUUUGUGUGUGCACACAUGGAACUGGUCUUGAGUAUGGAACUAUUUCAUCCUAUGUGACUGAGAUGGAAAUAAUGUUAUCUAAUAAUACAAUUUUAAAUGUGUCACCAGAAAAAGACCUAGAUACAUUUCAAGCUGCUCUCUGUAGCCUUGGUUCAUUUGGAAUCAUUUUAACUGUUACAAUACAGUGUGAAUAUGGUUUCAAUUUGCAAAUGAGGCAAUAUGGUUUGCCUCUAAAAGAUGUUAUUGAAAAUCUGGAAAUACAUUUAUCUGGAUCUGAUCAUUUUAGAUUUAUGUGGUUUCCAUAUACUGAUAAUGUUGUUGUGUCACAUGCAACCAGAACAGAAAUGUUAGCAACAAAAGAAACAUGGCUGACAAAACUUUGGAAGAUUUUUUGGGAUUAUGGUGUUGGAUAUCAUGCUCUUGAAUUCUGUUACUACAUUAGUACAUUUGUUCCACAUUGGGUGCCGCAUAUCAAUAAAUUAUUCUAUUAUCUGUCAUUUUCUGCAUCCAGUUCAAAAAUAGACAGAAGUUAUAAAAUCUUCAAUUUUGAAUGUCUUUUCAAACAAUAUGUAAAUGAAUGGGCUAUACCAAUUGAGAAGACAGGAGUUGUCUUGUGGCAACUUAAAGAAUGGAUUGAAUCAACACCAGAUGUUUAUGUUCAUUUCCCAGUUGAAGUCAGGUUUACAAAAGCAGACAAUAUCCUCAUAAGCCCUGCAUUUGGACGAGAUACUUGUUACAUAAAUAUAAUUAUGUAUAGACCAUAUGGCAAAGAGGUCCCAUAUAAAAGGUACUGGGAAGCAUAUGAACAUAUAAUGAUGGAAGCUGGAGGUCGCCCACAUUGGGCUAAGGCUCAUUCUGUAACAGCACAAACAUUUAGGCAUAUGUAUCCAUUUUUUGGGAAGUGGUGCUCUAUAAGGCAAAGACUGGAUCCUAUAAAUAUGUUUAUGAAUUCUUACAUGGAGCGUAUUUUUUCUUAAGUAUCAAAAACAAUGCAUAAUUAAAGAAACAUAUUUUUGUAUGCUUUUAUUGGCAGCUGAUUUUAUUGAGUAUUUUUUUUUAAGUUAAUUUAUGUAAUUUGCAUGUAAAUGUUACUCAGUAAAAUGAAUAUCUAUCAAUA